CGACCCUCACUACUGAACCGCUUGGCAUCGGUUGCGCUCCGGAACUCAUCCGUUAGUGAUAAGGGAUUGGAAGUGUUUUUGGCCUCACUUUCGCAUAAUCUACUUAAACUUGAAUUAUCAGGUUGUAACGAGAUAACAGACACAGUAAUGUGGGCGGGUUUGGUGCCAAACCUGGAGAUACUAAUCAUCAUGGAUUGCAUUAACAUAUCCGACGAGACAAUAGCCGCGAUUUGUCAAAUGUUGCCCAGUUUGAAAAAAUUACAAAUUCAGGCCUAUCACGUGACGGACACAUCUAUGGCAUAUUUUGGUAGUACAUUAGCCAGGGAGAAUUUACGCGUAUUAAUGCUACACCAUUGCUGGGAGUUGUCUAACCAGGGUGUUGCCAAUCUGGCACAUGGUUUGCCUAAUUUACAUACACUCUCACUGUCCGGCUGUUCAAAAGUAUCGGACGAUGCGAUUGAAGUGAUCGCAGAGCAGAUCCGAGGGCUCCGGUAUUUGGACCUCUCGUGGUGUCCACGUGUUAGCGAUGCGGCCCUCGAAUACAUUGCCUGCGAUUUGUCCGACACUUUGACACACCUUAUACUCGAU